CUUGAGCGGGAGCCAGGCUGCUUCAGACUUGAGAACAGUUGGGAGCGAGCUAAGACGCUCCCGGGUAAGCGAACCAGAGUAGAGAGUGAGUGUGAGGGGAUCCAGAGGAGUGAGGACGAGCCUGAGAGGACCCGAGGACCUAAGAGAGACACACACUGACCAUGGCUGUCUCCGCACCUCCGGUGAUCUCCGCAACUUCCAGCGGCGCCGGCGUCCCGGGGAGCUUGUUUCGGGCGGAACCUCUGUACUCCAGUCCCGGGGAGCCCCCUCGUCUAACCCCUAAUAUGAUCAACAGUUUCAUGGCUAAUAGUCACAGCAGCGGUGCCGGGGGUGGCGGGAUCGGAGGUGGCAGCGUUGGCACCGGUAACACCACCACCAAUGAGUGCCGGAUGGUCGACAUGCACGGGGUGAAGGUGGCUUCGUUUCUGAUGGACGGCCAGGAACUGAUCUGCCUGCCGCAAGUAUUUGAUCUUUUCCUCAAGCAUCUGGUGGGAGGGCUGCACACAGUGUACACCAAGCUGAAGAGACUGGACAUCUCCCCCGUGGUGUGUACUGUGGAGCAAGUCCGGAUUCUCCGCGGGCUGGGAGCCAUCCAGCCUGGGGUGAACCGCUGCAAACUCAUCACCAGAAAAGACUUCGAAACUUUGUUCACCGAUUGCACCAAUGCCAGAAGGAAGAGGCAAAUGACAAGAAAACAAGCUGUUAACAGUUCAAGGCCUGGCAGACCCCCUAAGCGUUCCUUGGGAGUAUUACAAGAAAAUGCCCGCCUUUUGCCUCAUGCAGUGCCAGGUCUCUUAUCUCCAGGACUUAUCACGCCAACAGGGCUAACGGCUGCAGCAAUGGCUGAGGCAAUGAAGUUGCAGAAGAUGAAGCUUAUGGCUAUGAACAGUCUUCAGGGAAAUGGAAGCCAAAAUGGCACCGAAUCAGAGCCUGAUGACCUUAAUUCUAACACAGGUGGAAGUGAAUCCUCCUGGGAGAAAGAUAAAAUGCAAUCUCCACUUGCUGCUCCUGGACCUCAACAUGGAAUUGCUCAUGCAGCCCUAGUUGGCCAGCCAGGCCUCGGGGGAACAUCUACCCUCAAUCCACUGCAGCAGAAUCACCUGCUAACCAAUCGACUGGAUCUGCCAUUUAUGAUGAUGCCUCAUCCCCUACUUCCAGUCAGUUUACCUCCUGCAUCAGUUGCCAUGGCAAUGAAUCAGAUGAACCAUCUCAAUACUAUUGCCAACAUGGCUGCUGCAGCCCAGAUGCACAGUCCGCUCUCCAGAGCUGGUGCCUCUGUUAUAAAGGAACGGGUCCCAGAGAGUCCUUCUCCUGCUCCCUCUCUGGAAGAGAGUCAUCGCCCUGGGAGCCAGACUUCUUCCCACCCCAGCAGCAGUGUGUCCAGCUCUCCCUCUCAGAUGGAUCACCAUUCAGAAAGAAUGGUUAUGAUGCCCAACAAUAGAGAGGAUCUUAUUGUUGAUCAAGAUAAUGGACCAACCAUCAAAAAGUUUCAAAGGGAUAACAAAGAAGAGGUACCAGUUCAAAUUCCAAUGAUGAAGUCACCCUUGGACAAGAUUCAAUUAACUCCUGGACAGGCGUUGCCUCCUGGAUUCCCGGGACCAUUCAUUUUUGCUGAUAGUCUAUCUUCUGUGGAGACUCUGUUGACCAACAUUCAGGUCAACAAUAUUUCUAUAAACAAAAUAAAUGGUCUGCUAAAAGUGGCUUUGGAUAAUGCUCGCAUUCAGGAGAAGCAGAUUCAGCAAGAAAAGAAGGAAUUGCGAAUGGAGCUCUAUAGAGAAAGAGAAAUUAGAGAAAACCUUGAAAGACAACUUGCAGUUGAGCUUCAAAGCAGAACCACAAUGCAAAAGCGCCUGAAGAAGGAAAAAAAAGCCAAGAGAAAACUGCAGGAAGCCUUGGAAUUUGAAUCAAAGCGCCGAGAACAAGUGGAGCAGGCACUUAAGCAAACUGCUGCUAGUGACAGUGGUCUGAGGAUGUUGAAAGAUACUGGAAUACCAGAUAUUGAAAUAGAAAACAAUGGAACUCCUCAUGAUAGUGCUGCUAUGCAAGGAAGUAACUAUUACUGUUUAGCAAUGGCACAACAGUUGUAUUCAGCGUGAAAAGGUCCUCGCUGGCUUUACUUAAAUGAAGAUGAUGUGAUUCCAGUUUAUCUCUGAAACUAUUCAACAUCGAGCUAUUUCAAUUGUGUUUUUCAGCAAAGCUUUGUUUACUGAAACAGAUAUUCAAUCUAUGUUACAUUAAAAAAAGGAACAUGUAUAUUUUAACAGCAAUGAUGUAAAUGUUAUCCUUGCAUUAGAUUGACCAGUUUAAGAAUAUGAACUAAAUCUUAAUGGAUAAAGUAAC